AUGUGUCAGAAAAGUAACUCUCUUUCCUGCAAAUACGAUUCAAGCUUCUCUUUCCUUCCCUCAAUCAAAGACACGCAGGAGCCCAACAUCAACACCCCAUUGAUCCCCAAAAGUUCAACACCAAACCCAAAUUACCACUCCAAGUCGCAAAACAUAACCCAUCUGUCUUUUGCCAUCAAAGAAGCCAUUUCAAUAGCUAAACUAUCUUUGCCCAUGAUAUUAAUAGGCCUCAUGCUAUACUCUCCCUCGUUCAUCUCCAUGCUUUUUCUCAGCCACCUUGGAGAGCUUGCUUUAGCUGGAGGCUCACUCGCCCUGGGCUUUGCAAACAUAACCGGCUACUCUAUUCUCUCUGGCCUUUCCAUGGGAAUGGAGCCCAUUUGUGGUCAAGCUUACGAUGCCAAGAAACUCACUCUUCUUGGCCUGACUUUGCAGAGGGCAAUGCUUAUGCUCAUCUUUUCUUCGCUUCCUAUUUCUCUUCUCUAGCUUAAUAUGAAGAGAAUCUUAUUGUUUUGUGGCCAAGAUGUUGAUAUAGCAACCGAAGCACAUGCAUAUCUAUCCUACUCUCUCCCUGGCCUCUUAGCUCAAUCACUUUUGCAUCCAUUAAGAAUCUACCUAAGAACCCAAUCAAUAACUUUGCCUCUAACGUUUUGCGCCAUUCUAUCCAUUCUUGUGCACAUACCCUUAAAUUAUUUUUUUGUCUUUCACCUGAAUUUAGGCAUCGGAGGCGUUGGUCACUCUGGGGUAUGCACAAACUUCAACCUAGUAGGCUCCUUAGUAAUCUUUGUCCUCGUCUCUGGCAUCCAUAAACAGACAUGGGGUGGAUUUUUGACAGAGUGCUUUAAAGCAUGGAAAACUCUCGUGAAUUUGGCCAUUCCCAGCUGUAUUUCGAUCUGCCUUGAAUGGUGGUGGUACGAGAUCAUGAUCUUAGUAUGUGAAAUCUUGUUGAAUCCAAGAGCAACCAUCGCUUCAAUGGGAAUUCUGAUUCAAACCACCCCAUUAAUCUACAUAUUACCAUCUUCUCUAAGUUUUGGCGUGUCAACGAGAGUUGGCAACGAGCUAGGAGCGAAUCAGCCCAAAAAGGCAAAGCUCACUGUAGAUCUAAUUUUAUUAGACUUCUCAAGGAACAUCGAUUGUGCCCUGGCAAUUUCUUCAAUCCCUGUUAUAUGCAAUUUCCUAGAUGUCUUUUCAAAGGAGCUACCAGGUCUACCUCCUAAAAGGGAGAUAGAGUUUUCCAUUAACCUGAUUUCAG